UUGCCCUAGGUGAUAUUUGGACAGGCAUUGUAUUGGUUAAACCUUUAAACUAGAGUAUACGUGCAGAAUGAAUUACCUUGUUAAUUUAUUGGCUGUCUAACAAAAUAACUAGAGGAAAGACUGUGACAUGCUGACAUUUGAGGAAUUUAUUAAACAGAGAACAACCCAGUCCAACAUCUUCGGCAAGAAACAAAUAUGUUUAACACGAGCAGCUACAGAAUCGUUGCUUUCAUUGUCAGAACAUUAUUUCUAAUUGCAACACUGCAUAUCCUUACAUCGAAAGCAACGGUUAUUUAUAAAAGAAAAUCCUUUUUAGAAGAUAUUUUCGGUUAUUAUGGUGAAAAUGAGACUUUUUCUUCAGGAAAACUGGAAUCCUUGCUGUAUAGAGUUGGAAGCAGGAGACCACAAGAUAACGUGGGAGAACUUGAAGCAUUGCACAAUUCACAGUGCUUGUCUAGUGGAGACAUAUUAUCACUGCAUGAGCUGAAUAACCAGAGUCGUCUGACUAUGUCAGACUUUGAGAAAAUCUGUCCCGCAAUUCUCCAGCAAGCUGUUGUCAGGCCUUGCUUAUUGAGUACCCAGGAACCUGAACCUUCUGUUCCACAUAAGCCAGUAUCUUACCAUGUGUGGGGGUACGGAGUCUUGGCUGUAACCAUCAUCAACAUGGCCUCUCUCCUGGGUCUAAUUCUUGUUCCUUUCACCAAGAAGCCUUACUUUCCAAAGUUGUUAACGUACUUCACUGGUUUGGCUAUAGGCACUCUGUACUCAAAUGCUGUUCUGCAGCUCAUUCCUGAGGCCCUAGGAUUUGAUCCCAAAAAGGACAAUUAUGUACUCAACGCUGUUGGAAUAUUUGGUGGAUUCUAUGUUCUUUUCUUCACAGAAAAAAUAUUGCAGUUUGCACUAAAACCUGAGCACAAGCAAGGCCACAGUCAUUUCAAUACAUCAGAGGAAGAAUCAAAUCAGUCCAAUGCAAACAAGAUGGGCACAAAUUCUGUCACAAAUGGAGAAUUAACCCACAAAACUGAAAUCAUCACCGUCACCAGUUUCAGCUGUAGCGAGGAACCAAGCAUUGGCACAGCUGCACAGACAGAUCAGGAUAUACAGGUGUCACGGGGAUACUGUCGUUGGUUGAGCGGACCUAGAAUUCGCAACAUAAAAACAGUUGCUUGGAUGAUCACGCUGAGUGACGCGCUCCACAACUUCAUCGAUGGCCUGGCAAUCGGCGCCUCCUUCACAGUGUCUGUGAUCAAUGGUGUGAGCACCUCCAUUGCUAUUGUGUGUGAAGAGUUUCCUCAUGAGUUGGGUGAUUUUGUGAUCCUCUUGAGUGCGGGCAUGAGUAUUCCUCAAGCCCUUUUCUUUAAUCUUCUGUCAGCCUGCUCGUGCUAUAUCGGUCUCAUCCUGGGGAUUGUUGUUGGAACCAACUUUUCCCCCAAUGUCAUCUUCGCAUUUGCUGGCGGAAUGUUUUUGUACAUCGCUCUGGCAGACAUGUUCUUAGAGAUGAAUAACAUCCAGGGAGAUCAUGAAAGAAACACAAGGAGCAAGAUCAUAUUUUUCACCAUUCAGAAUCUUGGAUUAUUAACAGGGUUCUCUGUCAUUCUAUUAAUUACAAUGUUUGCAGGAAACAUAAAACUAGAAUAGGAUGCACUGCUGGUCUUAGACAACAGACUAGCACCUGUUUCAUCGUAACCGUUAUGUUAAAUCUUUGCUUAGCUCUUGUGUAACGUCACAAAAGUUUUCCCCAUUUUUAGGCCAGGCACUUUCAUUUUACCUUUGGUCUUAGGUUUAUUACUUGUCAGUGACUCAAAAAGAGUCUGAAAUAGAAGCAUGAAUUAGAAAAUAUUGCUUAAUAUAAGCAUACAAGCUCAUGUACAUACUGUAUGAAGUGACCAACUUAUAGUCAGGUUGGGUCACUGGUAACUAAAAAAAAUACACCAAGUAAACUUAUGGAAAAAAUAAAAAUAUGGUACUGAAAUGUAUAGGUUUAUUUCUUCUUCUAAGAUUUUGCUGCUCAAAACAGUGAUUGCUUCCAUAGAACAUGUCGAUUGAUGAUUAUUCAUAAAUUUGUGACUUCUACUUCUUAAAACCUGUUUUUUUAAAUACUUAAACUUUUAUAUUUGAUAAAAAGAUUAAUGAAACUACACUGAAAUGGUAUUCAACUUAUUUUGAAACAAAAAUGGCACUUGUGAAAAAAGAGUGUUUUGAAGUGCAAUACUUUCAUGACUCCAGACUCACGGGUUUCACAGAUACAGACUGGCUGCAGUGUCACCUACAGGAGGCCCAUAUACAAACUUUCCCAAGUAUGAUAGAAAGAAAAGAUGUAGUAACCAUUAGAAUAUAUUAGUUCAAGACAAGGAUUACGUUUGGUUAAUCUCUUGUAUGUAAAAUGUACUGUUGUUUUAGAAAUAAAACUCAGGGUUCAUUUUGUUGCCACAUACUUAUCUGAUUAUGUAGAUUAAGGAAGAAAAUAAAAUACAACUUGAAGUCUCAUUUUGUUUCUUCUUCAUUACGUAAAGUAAAAUAACCUUGUUUUUACAGUGCUAGAACAAAGAACUGUUUAUUUAUAUAAACUAGAUUUACCAAAUGGCCUGCACACCUGUUUGACCUUUACUGUAUGUUUUCAUCUCUGUAGAGAUUAUUUUAUCAUACUGCUAAAUAAUUCACCAGUUGUAUAUGAAUUUAUCCACAGAUUACCAUAUCUGCAAUCUCUUGGAAUGUACAUUCAAUUCUGAUAUCACUGUAUCAUCCACAGAAUUUGUUAUAAUAAAAAAAAUAAAUCCAA